UCCAAUAAGGAAGCAACAGCAUCGCUCCAACGUUUCCUUAACCAAUGAAGUCAGUGCUUCUCGUCAUUUUUCUUUCUGGCUGCGUAGAUUUUUUUUUUGCCUGCCAAGUUUCGCCGCGGUUCAUCACUAUUGUUGUGCUCGGUGGUAUUCGGCGUAAGCGCGUCUGAACACACGUCAAGUGUUUAGUGAGCGGGUUUUGACAGAGGACGAGGGACUGUAGAUUGAUCACGGUGUGAGAAGAACAAUUCCUUUUUGAUUGCCCCAGAUAUUGGAUGAACUGAACUGGCAGAACAGUGCGUAAACUGAUUGAUGACCCUUGACCCUGAUCUACUUCCUGCUUCUCUUCUCCAAGAUACUAUCACUGGAUCCACCAAGUACACCCAGAGCGCUCUGCAGGUAUAAACCAGGUGUCAUCAACAAAGCAAUGACAGAAGGUCGAGCUGGUGUAAAGCAGCCUGGUAACCAGCCAAGGUUCUUCACCAUGGAGGGAGAUGAAGAAGAGAGCAUGAGGUUGUAAUCACAACUCCACUCCUGCUGCGCUGGGCUCUAGCAGCAUUGUGUUUUUUACACUGUUUCUAUUUUCUCGUGCAUGCUUGUUAUUUACUUUACCGCUAUAUACUCUGUACACUUUGUUUUAUAAAAUGAUGAUAUACAGCUUGGUCCAGAGCUAAAUUAUAAUGAAAAUAAAAUGAUUAUUUGAAUACGUUUUUGACUGCGGUGGUGCAUGAAAAUCCCAGAAAACACUUGUUUGUUUGUCUCCAUUUUGGGAGGUGGUGAUCCUUAUUCUGUCCCUCUUCUUUCCAAGCCCCGUUGUCGCUACCUUCUUCUCUCCUCCUGCAUUUUGUACAAGGAUGUAUUUUAUCCCUGAGCGCCGAAAGGAGUAACCUAUCGAGCUUUUGCUGGAGGAUGUUAUAAAUGAAAAUUUACACCAAGUUCCAUCAGCUUUAUAAUCAGGACUUGGCGAUAUGUGUUCCCCCAACCACAGCUACACCUCGUUUAUUGAUACCAUGAUAAAUACAAGCCUUACAGUUCAAUUGCUCAUGCAGUCCCUCACAGGAUGUUUCUAGAAGUUUUGAGAGGCCGUUCUUCAAUAACACAGAUGAAUAGAUAAUCAGGAGCCAGAUGACAACACUGAAAUGUUUCGACAUUUUGGUGGGGUUACUUUUGUAUUUACACUUACAUUUACACUACCAAAGACACCUAGGUCUUUGGUAGUGCUUAUUCUGAAAAAUACAUGAAUAAAUAAAAUCGAACGAUUUUCCUCAGAAAUCAGUCCUUUCAUCAAGUUUUAUUCAGCCCCCCCCUUUGAUUGUAUUGGAGGUUAGUGGUGAUACUAAUAUUACUGUGUAUUUAACAUACAGUGUUUUCUAUAAGGACUACUUAGAACUCUUUGAAAAUAUAACAUACAAAGGAACACACAUCACUUGUCCAGUUACAAAGAGAGAUAAAGGAAUCUAUAAAUUUUACAUUUACAAGAUCCUGCAACGAAGGCGUUGUAAGUUACUCUUUCUGGGCACUGCAGGUUCCAGCAGCACCGACGUUAAGGAAAACCGCAACCUGGACAACGUGGGCUCCUCCUCCAAGGAGGGGUUGGGGAGUGAGGGGGCAGCUCACCUCCCUAAUGGGGGCAGUGCAGGGUGUGGAGGGGGCAGGAAGCGCCCCUUAGAAGAGGGUAAUAAUGGGCAUCACAAUAACAAGUACAGGCCCAAGAAGCGUAAGAAAAUGCCCGGGCCCAUUCUGCCCAAAAAUGCCCUGAUGCAGCUGAAUGAGAUCAAGCCUGGGCUGCAGUACAAGCUGCUGUCUCAGACCGGUCCGGUCCACGCGCCCGUGUUCGUCAUGACUGUCGAGGUCAAUGGGCAGCUGUUCGAGGGAUCCGGCCCCACCAAGAAGAAGGCUAAGCUCAACUCGGCUGAGAAGGCUCUGCGGUCGUUCGUUCAGUUCCCCAACGCCUCCGAGGCACACAUGGCAAUGGGUCGGACGCUAACGGUCAACACAGACUUUACCUCUGACCAGGCCGACUUCCCGGACAUGUUGUUUAAUGGGUUUGAAACCCCUGCCCCUACGGAGGAGUCCUUCUACCUGGGCUCUAACGGCACCAAUGGCUCCUUCAGCUCCCUGGGACUAGUAGAGUACCCCCUGCUAGCGAACUCAGGUACUACCGGCCUGAGUCAGUCCUCGUUAGGCCUACCACCCACCUCCUCCGUCCCAGCCUUCGUCUCCCCCGCUAUUGCCAAGAACCCUGUCAUGAUCCUCAACGAACUACGACCCGGGCUGAAGUACGAAUUUGUGUCAGAGAGCGGAGAGAGCCACGCCAAGAACUUUGCCAUGUCCGUGGUGGUGGACACACAGACGUUCCAAGGCUCAGGGCGCAAUAAGAAGCUGGCCAAGGCCCGGGCGGCGCAGGCUGCUCUCUCUGCCCUCUUUAACAUGCAACUGGACCAGACACCUUCCAGACAGCCCAUACCCAGAGAGGGCCUGCAACUGCACCUGCCACAGGUUCUAGCUGAUGCUGUGUCCGGUCUGGUAGUUGACAAGUUCAGUGAGCUGACGGAUAACUUCACAUCCCCGCACGCGCGACGGAAAGUCCUAGCAGGCAUUGUCAUGACAACAGGCACCGAUGUCAAGGAGGCACAAGUGAUCUGUGUUACAACGGGGACCAAGUGUAUAAACGGCGAGUACAUGAGCGACCGCGGCCUGGCUUUGAACGACUGCCAUGCUGAGAUCAUUGCUCGUCGUUCCCUCCUUAGGUACCUGUACGCACAGCUGGAACACUUCCUCAGUAACAACAGAGAGGAGCAGCAGAAGUCGAUGUUCACGAGGUGUGAGAACAAGCAGGGCUUCCGUCUAAAGGACAACGUGCAGUUCCACCUGUACAUCAGCACGUCGCCCUGCGGAGACGCGCGCAUUUUCUCCCCCCAUGAGGCUGCCUUUGAGGAUCAGGGAGACAGGCACCCUAACAGGAAAGCUCGUGGUCAGCUGAGGACCAAGAUAGAGUCUGGGGAGGGGACCAUCCCUGUGAAAGUCAGUAACACCAUCCAGACCUGGGACGGUGUACUGCAGGGAGAGAGGCUGCUCACCAUGUCCUGCAGUGACAAGAUCGCUAGGUGGAACGUCGUUGGGAUCCAGGGCUCUCUGAUGUGUUACUUCACAGAGCCCAUCUACUUCUCCAGCAUUAUCCUGGGCAGCUUGUACCACGCAGACCACCUCUCCAGAGCCAUGUACCAGAGGAUCGCUGACAUUGAGGACCUGCCUCAGACGUUCAACCUCAACCGGCCACUUCUGAGCGGAAUAAGCAACGCAGAAGCACGGCAACCGGGUAAAGCUCCUAACUUCAGUGUGAACUGGGCUGUGGGAGACCAGGGGUUAGAGGUUAUCAACGCCAUGACAGGCAAGGACGACUUGGGACGGCCCUCGAGGCUCUGCAAGCACGCCCUCUACAGCCGCUGGGUGCGCCUAUACUGCAAGCUUUCACAGACUCUGAGAAUCAAAGGUGCCAAACCCAGCUUGUACCAUGACGCCAAACAGGCAGCGAUGGAGUACCAUGCUGCCAAGCAGACUCUGAUCAAGGAAUUCCACAAGGCAGGACUGGGAGCCUGGGUAAAGAAGCCUAUCGAACAGGACCAGUUCUCACUCCAGUCCUGAGUGGAUUGUUUUCAUAGAAAUAGAAUGACUAUGUUGUUCUAAAAUGUGUAUGGUUGUUGUCAUGGGAGGAAGAGGAGGCUCAGAUGAAGAUACUACUCCUACCAGCUGUUUCGACUUGAUUUGUUCUGUGUUUUGGAUGAUGCUCGCCAAACCCUUGUUCCCUCUCCUGAUCACUCCACUUUUGACCGUAAGACACUGAAUUUGGUUGAAUUUUGUCUGAUUGUUUUUCUCAAUGACUCACUGUAAAGGCUUGUUUUCCGUUAUUGUCCGCGUCAACCGAAUGAUUGUUGAUGUUUUGUUAGUUUAAUGAUGUUUAUUCCACUUACACUAGUAACCUAACACAUGACAUACGACAGCUGUACAACUGGAAACCUGGGAUUUUUUAAACGGAUUUUGUUGAUACAUUUUAUAAAUCAAUACAUGCAAAAAUCAACUGAAAUCAGUUGGCUAUCUACAGACAAACCUUGUCUACACUCACUGUAUGAUUAUGCCAAAUAUAUAGAAGGCUUUCAAGCUUACCUCCCAGUAGUGGUCAUAACAAUAUCUAUUUUGCUGUCUUCUUCCUAAGUAUUAGUGUUGUGCCCGUUCCUCUUGUCUUGAAGGCUGAUGUCCUCUCGUGCACUUUUCAUGUGCAGUCUUUUCUUUGUUUCUGCUGUGAGAUGUAAAGCAUUGCACCGUCUGAGGACGAUAUGUUUGUUUGUUUUUGAAUAUUGAUAUAUACGUGUGCUUUUUGAUUCGGAAAAUUUGAUUGAGAAUGCUUUCUAUACUGAUAAUGACAUGUUUUAUCUAAGUCUAUCUGAAGUAGGCCUAAUUAACUUCUGAAAAAGAUUUGAUUCCUUUUUCCCUUUACAGUGAAUGACAUAAAUUAUACUAAAGUACAUAUGGCCUUUGAAACGUACAUUUCUGUGGAAAGAUAUUCUUGCAGGAUGGCUCACACCCUUGUGGUUGCCAGACAGAUGCAGUGGACUUUAUGUACUGCUUUUUAUUUGAACACACAGGCAACAUUUUACUAUCACCAUGUACCAUUUGUUGAGAGCUUGACAAAAAAACGACAGAAAUUAUUUUAGCUUAUAUUUAGCCAUGAGUGUUGAGGUGACUUGAGCUAAUUUUCCUUCUGUCAUCAUACGCCUUCUUGCCUCACCAAAGAUGAUUUCUAUUUGCUUUUUGUUUCUUUAAUGUGUAAUAUUUGUUUGUACAAAGUUUCUGGACACUUCAUUUUGAUUACUGUGUUUUAUACUGCUCGAUGUCAUCUCUUUGGACUAUUUAUUUUUAAAUGAAUUGAAAUGGAUCCCUGUGUUAAUGUAGCAAUUUAAAAGUACGAAACUGUAGAUCAUUUUGACCUGUUCUGUGUCAUUUUUAACAAUUAACAUGUUACCAAAAAAAGAAAAUAUACCCAAAAUGUAUUUCUAACAGACUCGGAAAUGUUAAUGUACAGUACUUUAUCCAAGUAUACUCAUUGGAAUCGGACUUCUCUCGUGAAUAAGCCCAUUUUGUCAUUUUCCUCCUUCUGUAUUGUCACACUUCUCAUCCGCAUUUGGCAUGUUUUCUUAUUUGUUUAUUUUAAAUAGAGUUGUAAGAAUCCACAAGAAUCAAGGCAAUUGCAGUUUUUGAAAGGGGACCAAGCACAACUUGUGAUGUUUUAAAAAAAAACACUUGAACUGCAUCAGUAGUGAAUGGCUGGUUAACCAUUGUGAUUCACUUUUGAUCACUCCGUCCCAACCUUUGGCUGUUAUGAGGGGUCUUCUCUACAUAUGUUUGCUUUCUCUGACCAAGUUGUGAGCGUUGACUGUGAACUUUGACCGGGUCUUUUGCCGUCCUGUAAUGGUUCAUGCACCGUUUGAUUGAUGUGCCCAGUCCAAUGUACUCUCUUGAAUACGGGCCCUAAUGCAUGAGCUCUCGCUAUAAAGCAUGAGGAAAAAAUUUAAUAAAACAAACCAGAUAAACAAAAAUCAUACAUGUAGAAAAUGAAAAAAGACCUAUAAAUGAGAAAUAUAAUAAAUGGUAACAUAGGUAGAUGUUGUA